UACCAAGAUUGAUAAAUUCAAGCAGCAACUGUGGGAGGCGAGGAAACGAUUCGUUAAAUGUGGAAAGAAAAGUUUUGAGAAGUUUUUAUAAGCAGUGGGACCCCGACUGGGACCCAGGGCUGCGGGUGGGGCGGCGCCGGGUCUGCCUGCGAGUCAUAAUGCCUUUCUGGUUGAGUAGCUGAUUGCACGUUUGAAUAUGACGUCCAAUUUCCAGCGGUUGCCUCGACCUCUGAAGAGAGCACAACAGCUGGCCAGCUGCAGGACUGUGAGGGUGGCUGUGCUGGGUCAGGGGGCUGUGGGGAAAACCGCCAUCACAGUUCGCUUCAUCACAAAGAGAUUCAUUGGGGAGUAUGAUCCAACCUUGGAAACAAUAUACAGACAUGUGUUCUCAGUGGAUGGUGAAUGUGUACAGUUUGAAAUUCUCGAUACGGCUGGACAGGAAGAAGAUGCGAUGUUAAUUGAGGAGAAGAUCAAAUGGGCUGAAGGGUUUAUCAUCGUGUACUCUGUGACGGAUCGCUGUAGCUUUGAUGAGGUCCUCCGGCUUCGGUUCUUGAUCAGCCACAUCCACUCCAGCUUGAAGCGGUAUCACGGUGAUGCGCUGCCUCCUGUGGUGAUAGUCGCCAACAAGAAGGACCUCCAGUAUGACCGGAUGGUCACCACGGAAGAGGGUAGCGGCAUCGGCCAGGCACUCAAGUGCCCAUUCUUCGAGAUCUCGGCCAGGGACAGCUACGAAGAAACGGUGGCCGUCUUCAGCCUGCUUUACCGGGAGGUGGCGAGCAGUGGGGCUCUGUCUGCCUUCCGGAGGAAAGUCUCCUCCAAACUCAUGGAUAAAAUCCCCAGAAUCCACUCGACGGCCACCACAAGCCUGUCCACGCGGAGUUUCAGCCUGAGUUCUGUAAAGGAUUUCUUAACCGAUUAACUCCAUUCAUCAGAGAGCCAUCCUUUUGCAUUUCUCAUCUGCUUGCUGUUCCAAGAACCAGCUCCAGCUCCACCUCCCCACCAUCUAUGGUCCCAUUCAUCCUCUCUAGGUUGUCAGAGACUUCUCUAACUCCACAUACCAGACAAGCAGACAGAUCGGAUCCUCUGUCUGAUUAUUGGGAAAACCGAAGCCACCAUCUUCAGUUCUGAUGAAGAUCCUUGAAACAUUGGCUGUUUCUCUCUGCACUGAUGCUGCCUGACCUGCUGAGUAUCUCCAGCAUUUCUACUUUUAUUCCAUAGUCUUCAGCACCCACUACAAAUUCUGUUCGCUAACCACCAUCUCCAUCCCUGCUCCUGAACAGACAACUUCUUUUGACACAAGAAAUUCUGCAGAUGCUGGAAUCUGGAGCAAUGCACAAAAAGUGCUGGAGGAACUCAGCAGGUCAGGCAGCAUCCAUGGAGGGAAAUAAACAGUCAAAGUUUCGGGUUGAGACCCUUCAUCAGGACUGGAAAGGAAGAGGGCAGA